AUGGUCAGACCACUUAAUCAGGAAUGGAAGCUCUUUGGUCACAAGUAUCGCGUGGCCGGCUCCAAGUGCCCCAAAGUGGACUGCAAGGCCUGUCAAGCGCACGUCUCCGCCGCCAUCAAUCGACUGCAGUCUCACCUGCGCGUGUGUCCGGCCCGUUUUGCAUCGACAGCGUCUACUGGAAGCGCCGGUAGCAACGGAGACGACCGUUCCAAAAAAACGGGUUCAAACAAAACGCCGCGACCGGUCGACAGCGAUAUCGUACCUAAUCGAGUGAUUCAGGCGACAAUCCCCAGUUCUCCACGGACAACUCAACAACAGCGUCGGUCGCCAUCGACGGAUCGAAGCGCUGCAAGUGGUACGCACGCGGAAAGUGAGUUCAUCCACUCCAUCGGAGCCGAAACAGUGCCGACGGAAGAGGAAGUCGCCACGUGGCCGUACUACAAACGUCGACGACUGGAGAUCGAAGAGAGUCGACUGCAGCUCGAAAUCAAGAGGGACCAGCGCGCCGAGCGUCGAGACCGACUGGAGGUGGCGAUUCUCGAAACUCAGGCACGGAAAGAGAAGGUGCUCGCUGAGAAAGAGGGGUACGAGUCCAAGGUGCUGCUGGCACUGUCGCGGAAGAAACUGCUGAGUGAGGGAGUGGACCGAGAUGAGAUCGAUCGGAUCUUGCCGGUCCUUUGA